CACGGUUUUCUUUUUCUUAUUUAUUCUUCAACAAAGAAAGUCUAUCUAUAUAGAAUACUAUGCGACUUGUUAUUCGACAAGAUUAUGAUGAAGUAUCUGAUUGGGUUGCUCAUUAUAUUAAGGAACGUAUCAUACAAUUUCAACCUACCAAAGAACGACCUUUUGUUUUAGGUUUACCAAGUGGAUCUUCACCUGUAGGUUGUUAUCAAAGAUUAGCCAACUUUUGUAAAACUGGUCAACUCUCCUUCAAACACGUCGUAACAUUUAGUAUGGAUGAAUAUGUUGGACUACCACGUGAACAUAGCCAAUCUUAUUAUAGUUUUCUAUGGAAACAUUUAUAUCAACACUUGGACAUUUUACCAGAAAAUAUCAACAUAUUGGAUGGAAAUGCAAAAGAUUUGGAUGAAGAAUGUCGUCGUUAUGAAGCUGCUAUUGUGAAAUUAGGUGGUAUCGAAUUAUUUGUGGGUGGUAUUGGACCUGAUGGACAUAUUGCUUUCAAUGAACCUGGUUCCUCUUUAACUUCUCGUACUAGGGUCAAAACUCUUGCUUAUGAAACAAUUAUAGCAAAUUCUCGAUUCUUUGAUGGUGAUGUUUCUAAAGUUCCCAAAUUGGCUUUGACUGUUGGUGUCGCGACAGUCAUGGAUGCUCGAGAAGUAUGUAUUAUCAUAGUGGGUGCUCAUAAAAGUGUAGCUUUGGCCAAAUGUGUAGAAGAAGGUGUGAAUCAUAUGUGUACAGUAAGUGCUAUUCAAUUACAUCCUAAAGGAUUGAUUGUAUGUGAUGAAGACACUACUUUGGAACUCCAUGUUAAGACGGUCAAAUACUUCAAAUCAAUUGAACACGUGCAUCAAUCACUGAUUGGUACAGAAAAUCUCUCACUUCAAGGACAAGUGUUAUCAGCCAAAGCGUCCACUCGACGAUGGGAUAAUGACAAUGAAUCUGAUCGACUUACUUCUCCUUCUUCCAAGUCUAAUGGGAACAAUGAUGAUAUUGAACAGCGACCAAGCAAGAAAAAAAAAGGAAAUAUAAUAGGUUGAUUUUUUUUUUAUGAUAACGUAGUUCUCACGUUUAUUUUUAUUUUUAUUUUUUUAUUUAUUCUUCUUCAAUUUCUAUUUUCCUCCCUCUUUUUUUUUUCUUUAAUAAUAAACAAACAA